CGUUGGAGCGAAGGAGGCGUCGGAAGAAACCAGCAAGGACAAUGCAGAAACAAUAUUAACUGAAUUGUCCGCGCCUUGAUGCUCUGUUGUCUUUUCCGACUCCGAAAGCCACACGCCCCAGCCAUCAUCAUCAUCAAAUCAACAGAAGCUUCUUCAUCUUUUGUUUUCCUUUAACUUUAAGCUAUCACUAAUCAGAUCUCCAUUCUUUUUUCUCUAUUUAUUGUUUCUUCCCCCAACCUUUUGGCAUGCUCGCCUCCAAUUCUGGUUCGGUGCUCCCUACUAAAGCCCCUUUACUUCCUCGCAACCCCUGUCUUUUUCGCUUUGGCACUGCUUUCUUGGAUCCACGGGCUCGAUCCAGACCCACCGUCCUUGAUACGCAUAAGCUUUCCCUCAAUUUGAUCAGAAUGGAAGUGCUCCGGCGAUUAGGCGGAGGUUGCUUCAAGAACCCCAACGACAAGGGUUUAAAGGUGGAGGCUGAUAGUGGUGGGGAGGAUUUCUUCGAUGUUUCCGCAGGCGUGUCUAAGCCAGCCUGCGAGCACCUUGUAAUCAUGGUUAAUGGGAUAAUUGGGAGUCCUGCAGAUUGGCGUUAUGCAGCAGAGCAGUUUGUGACGAAGCUUCCAGAUAAAGUUAUUGUUCACCGCAGUGAAUGCAACUCUUCAAGAUUGACAUUUGAUGGUGUUGACAAGAUGGGUGAGAGGCUAGCUGAAGAGGUACGGUCUGUUGUUAGACGUUGGCCAGAGGUGCGAAAGAUCUCCUUUGUGGCUCAUUCUUUGGGGGGUUUGGUGGCCAGAUAUGCUAUUGGGAGACUUUAUGACUAUUCUUCAACAUCGAGGCCUGUAGGUACAAGUGCAACCAGAAAUGACUUUGGUGAAGAGCAAGCAGAAUAUUCAAAACAAUGUCUUGAGCAAUGUUACGAGGCCACAAUUGCUGGUUUGGAGCCAAUGAACUUUAUAACAUUUGCAACGCCACAUCUUGGUUCAAGAGGACAUAGACAGCUUCCCUUUCUUUGUGGCCUUCCUUUCCUUGAGAGAAGAGCAUCCCAAACUGCACAUAUAGUUGCAGGGAGAUCUGGGAAGCAUCUCUUCCUUGUGGAUAAUGAUGAUGGAAAGCCUCCUCUUCUCCUGCGUAUGGCUGGCGAUUCUGAUGACGUAAAGUUCAUAUCAGCUUUACGUGCAUUUAAGCGCCGUGUGGCAUAUGCAAAUGCAAAUUAUGAUCAUAUGGUUGGAUGGCGUACAUCAUCAAUUCGGCGUCAACAUGAACUUCCAAAGGCCAAUCUGCUUGUAGUAGAUGAGAAAUACCCUCAUAUUGUAUAUAGUGAAGGGGAGACUGUUAAAGACGAUCACAAUCCCAAUAAAGCAUCUUCUGCUAUCAAUGACCAAUCAACUGACUUGGAAG